UUCAAAAUGGCGGAUCACUUGAAGUAGUUGUUAGUUUCUCUAUCACGUAAUAAAACUCUGCAGGGUCUCGGCUUUGGCAAAAUAUUUUGAAUCAUGGAUAAGAAGGAAGGCGUUAAGGUCCUCAGCGAAGUAUUUCGAUGCUUUCGCUGUUUCAUUUGUAUGGAGAAAUUACAAGAUGCUCGCAUGUGCCCACAUUGCUCUAAACUUUGUUGCUCGGCAUGUAUUCAGAGAUGGAUGGCUGAAAGGUCAACUUGUCCACAUUGUAGAGGAACACUACAGUUGUCAGAGAUGGUUCAUUGUCGUUGGGUGGAAGAUAUUACUCAGAGGCUGACAUCGCUUCAACAGCAAGCUCAGGCAAGACCAGCUGUUAAACAGGAGAAAGAUUGGUGUAAAGAGCACAAUGAAAAACUAAGUGUUUUCUGUUGCACUUGCAAGAUUUGUAUUUGUCAUCAGUGUGCAUUAUGGGCAGGCCAGCAUUCUGGGCAUAGUUUUAAACAGCUGGAUGAAGUCUAUGAUCAACAUGUUUCACUGGUCACUGAUGAGGUGGCAUCGUUAAGGCGACGACUCAUGGAACUAAUCAGCCUUGUUCAAGAAGUUGAAAGAAAUGUUGAGAGUCUGAGGGAAGGCAAAGAAGAGCGUGUUCGUGAAAUUCACAAUGCUGUUGAACUCAUGAUUGCAAGAUUGGACUCACAGUUGAAGAGCAAACUGCUUGUUCUCAUGGGUCAAAAGAAUUCUUUGAUCCACGAAACAGAAUUAUUGGAGUCUCACCUACAAGAAGUUGAAGAUCAGCUUCAUUCCUGCUCUAAAAGCGAACUGAUAACAAACACUGGUGAUCUUCUUGUUAAAUUCAAUGAGAUCCAUAAGAAACCAAUUGGUUCAUUUGUCAGUCCACCUAUUCCAGCAGAUUUCACAAGUGAAAUUGUGCCACUCUUUGAAACAAGUACAUUCUGUAUCACAAACUUUAGUUCUGUGAGGAGAAAAGCAGAUCCUGUCUACAGCGACUGUUUGGAGGUGAAUGGUUUGUGUUGGAGACUUAAAGUGUAUCCUGAUGGCAAUGGUGUUGUGCGAGGAAACUAUCUUUCUAUAUUUCUGGAGUUGUAUGAAGGACUUCCAGAUCCAGCGAAAUAUGAAUAUCGUAUUGAACUAGUCCACCAUUCGUCUCCUAAUUCAAGCAAGAAUAUCAUACGAGAGUUUGCAUCAGAGUUUGAGGUGGGCGAGUGCUGGGGUUACAACAGGUUCUUCCGUCUUGAUCUUCUGGCGGAUGAAGGUUACCUCAAUAUGACCAACGACACUCUGAUACUGAGAUUUCACGUCAGAGCGCCAACAUACUUUCAAAACAGCCAGGAGCAGAAAUGGUAUAUACAGAAAGAAGCUGCUAUAAAGAAACAACAUCUUCAACAGAUCGAAAGAUUAAAAGAGCGUCUGAUGGAAGAACUAGCAAAGAAUAAUACAAAUCCAUCACCUGCUCCUGGAUUGCUGGAUUAUAGUCAUGGCUCGUUAUUGGAACAGACAUUUGAAGAGCCUGAAGCUGAGCCUACACCAAGCAAAAUAUUUCCAUCGAAAGUAACCGCCUCUGGAAGACCUAAAACAACACAGUCGAUUGCUAUUGAUGUUGAAAGUGCCACUGGUCAAAUCUCUCAGACAAACGAGGGAGGUGAAGAAGAGUGUAGCGAUCACUCCAGUGACGAUAGUGAGGACAGCGAGGAAGAUGAAGGGCCACUACUUGAUCACACGAAUGAUGAGACUUUAGAGGAAUCUGGUUUAUUAGGAGACUCUGAACUUGCAGAUGAUAGCGAGGUUCCUGAAGAAGAUUGGGUGAAUGAACAAGAAGAAUGUGGAGCAAAAGAUGAGAAGGAAUCUGAUGAAACAAAGAAAAAGGUUGAAAGAAAUACGCCAAGUGGACCAUCUGAUGGAUCACAAGUAAUUUCAUCAAAUGAACAAAGUUAUGGCGAGCACUGGCUGCGGACAUUCUCAAAACCUGAAGCUCUAAGUUUACGAUGGGUCAGAGAGGCGACCGUUGAGAAUCCCUGGGGUUGGACAAAGCCUGAGGCAGCAGAUUUUCAGCUAAAUCACAUCGCUCUGGGAGCAACACCUCCGCCUCGUCUUCGGAAUAUCCCGGAAUAUGACGUCGAUGCCGUGUUAAGUGCUGGGGAACUCGUGAUUGACGAGGAAGAGCGUGCGUUGUUGGAUAAUUUAGGACUGGAAACCUGUGACUCGUCGAAACACACGAAGAAAAGUGCAGCGCAAAAAAUGUCGCGUCAAAAGCGUGAGGAAAAGGAGGACCCGUUAACGAAACCUCUAAGCCCUGAUGAUCCAUUUCUUCCAUUCCUUCCUCCAAACAUUCCAAGAAACAGCCGCUGGGCAAAAAUCAUGCGAAAUAAGUGGGAGAGAGAGUUGAGAAAACGGCAAGUGCAACUAUCAGAGCUUGCAGGAGGAAACCACUCAGGCUCGCAAGGUCCUCGAAGAUACGGAGUGUCCAAAAGCAGCGAUGCAAGCAGCCCUACUAGCAGCGUUCAACCAACAAGCUCACCCACAUCACUAAGUCGCUCUGGCUUUCCUUCUAGUCCUGAUAGUCAGCCAACGAGUUCUUCUGUUGCUCAGACCAGCAGCAGUGAGACUGUGAUGAUGUCUGAGGCAUUGCAAAAUGCACAAGAUAAUCCUGACGUAUACCAAGCCAAACCAUUUCAAUUGAAGAAACUAGUUGAGAAUACGAGUUUGAGCGAUACUCCUUCUUCUGCUUCGAGCAAAACUCGAGGAAAAUCAUCCAGUAAAAGACGAUCUCAUAAGACAAAGAAUUUAACAAAUAGAACUAUUGAUGACUUUUAUGUCUCCAGUUCUUCAGUUGAUUCAAACACACAAGAGGAAACGUGUGCUGACAGCCUUGAACGGGAAGGUCUACAGCGGACAUCGAAAGUUCUCGAGGAAAUGAAAAGAACUCAGAAUUAUUCAUUGAAGAACAAACUGAACGAUAAAGAAGGUUGUAUAUGUCCAAGUAUGAACUCGGCUUUGAGGUGCAGCAACAAAGCCUUGGGUCCACGAUGCAUCACCUUGGACAGAGACUACGCUAAAGCAUUUGGAGAUGAUGACAGUGAUGCCCGUCGUAAGACGAAGUUCCAAAAACAUCUGAGUCUCAGAUGCCCAGACACAAGCGAGAGUGAGGAUGAUGAAGAUCCACCGCAACACAACAUCGCAACAUCAUCAAACACAACAUCAAGACCAACACCGCCGCUACGAGAGUUCUUACAAAACCUUUCUGCCAUGAGAAUACAAGUUGAAAACCAUCCUUUGGAUGCAAGUAAUACAGAGAUGACUCAUCGUCUUAACGAGGAGAAUGGAGCUAGUCCACAAAAUGAUGGAUCACAAGAAAAUAACAACUCCGCAAGUGUGAUCUGAGGAGAAUUGAUCAUGUAGGUCAUACUACAGAGGUGUGAAUGAUAAAACCAUAGAC